CUUCUAGAAAUGACUGCUGUUACUGCAGGCAACGUUAACUUCAAAUGGGACCCCAAAAGCUUGGAGAUAAGAACGCUGGCGGUUGAAAGACUACUUGAGCCUCUUGUUACACAGGUAACAACACUGGUUAACACUAGCAACAAGGGCCCCUCUAAUAAAAAGCGAGGGCGUUCGAAAAAGGCCCAUGUUUUGGCUGCUUCAGUUGAACAAGCAACAGAGAAUUUCCUGGAGAAAGGAGACAAAAUUGCAAAGGAGAGCCAGUUCCUUAAGGAGGAGCUAGUAGCGGCUGUGGAAGAUGUUCGUAAGCAAGGUGACUUGAUGAAGAGCGCUUCGGGGGAGUUUGCAGAUGACCCCUGCUCCUCUGUGAAGCGAGGGAACAUGGUCCGAGCGGCACGCGCCCUCCUCUCUGCUGUCACCCGGCUGCUGAUUUUGGCUGAUAUGGCAGAUGUCUACAAGCUGCUUGUUCAGCUGAAAGUAGUGGAAGAAGGUAUUUUGAAACUAAGAAAUGCUGGCACGGAGCAGGAUUUGGGUAUCCAGUACAAAGCCCUCAAACCAGAAGUGGACAAGCUCAACAUAAUGGCAGCCAAAAGACAACAG